UUCCAAACCCAGGCGGCUGCUUAAAAAAAAAAAAAGCCUCCGGCCAUGGCUCGGCGCCCGCAUUAACGCCGAAUAAGUGUGGACAACGCCGCGGUGCUAGCAGUUAGCUUGCAGCUAGCUCGCUAGCAAGGGGAGGAGCUGGGAUUUGUACAUAUUUGUUUUGUGCUGCUGCACAAUACUUUUGUUCAUGUUCUUCCACACGGACAUGGCAUCUCCGAACCAAGAUUUAACAGACCCCAGUCUGGGAUUGGGUGCAAGUGGCACCCAAGCAAGCGGUGGGGCCGUCGUUCCAAAGGGGAGCAACAAGAGACGAGCAGCCCCGGAUUUUGAUGACGACGAAGGAAGCAAGUUGUUCAGGUGUGACGACGACUCGGGAGGGCCCAACAACGACAAAGAGCGCUUUGCUAGGGAGAACCACAGCGAGAUCGAGAGGCGGCGGCGAAACAAGAUGACCGCCUACAUCACAGAGCUGUCGGACAUGGUGCCCACGUGCAGCGCGCUCGCACGGAAGCCCGACAAGCUCACCAUCCUGCGAAUGGCCGUGUCGCACAUGAAGUCUCUGCGGGGGAGCGGCAACACCAACCCGGACGGCUCCUACAAGCCUUCCUUCCUCACUGACCAGGAGCUAAAACAUCUCAUACUGGAGGCAGCAGACGGCUUCCUGUUCGUGGUGUCAUGCGAGACCGGCCGCAUCGUAUACGUCUCGGACUCUCUGACGCCCGUUCUGAACCAGUCACAGUCGGACUGGCUAGGCUCAUCGCUCUAUGACCAGCUCCACCCAGACGACAAGGAGAAGCUGAGGGAGCAGUUGUCCACUGCAGAGAACAACAACACAGGGAGGAUGUUGGACUUGAAGACAGGAACAGUGAAGAAGGAAAGCCAGCAGUCGUCGGCCAGGAUGACAAUGGGAGCCCGUCGCUCUUUCAUAUGUAGAAUGAGGUGUGGCACAUGUCCUGUGGAACCGAUGUCCAUGAACAGGCUAAAUUUCCUUAGGAAUAGAAACAGAAAUGGUUUGGGUGCAGCAAAAGAAGGAGAACCUCAGUAUGUUGUGGUCCACUGUACAGGUUACAUUAAGUCUUGGCCGCCUGCAGGAGUGUCCUUAUCAGACAACGAGCCAGACAACAAUCAGGGGAGUCGCUACUGCCUUGUUGCCAUCGGCAGAUUACAGGUGACCUGCUGUCCAGGUGACACGGAUGUCAACAGCAUCAGCGUUCCGGUAGAGUUCAUCUCACGCCACAAUUGCCAGGGCAUCUUCACCUUUGUAGACCACCGCUGUGUGGCAGCCGUCAGCUACCAGCCUCAGGAGCUGCUGGGAAAGAAUAUUCUUGACCUCGCCCAUCCUGAAGACCAAGGCUUACUUCAAGAUAGCUUCCAACAGGUCAUGAAGCUGAAGGGUCAAGUACUGUCAGUGAUGUUCAGAUUCCGCUCUAAAUCGAAUGACUGGAUUUGGAUGAGAACCAGCUCCUUCACCUUCCAAAACCCAUUUUCAGAGGAGAUUGAAUACAUCAUCUGCACAAAUGUUAACGUCAAAAACGCAGGUCAGGACCCCCUUACUCCCAUCUCCUCCCCGAGCGGGUUGUUGCCCUCCUCUCUGGGUCAGAGCAGCUUAAAGGCCUCCCCUGUGGUGCUUAGCCCAGGGCAUGUAGCUACCAGGCAGUUGCAGCAACAGCAGCAGGCUGAGGUGGAAGGGGGCGUAGCAAGAGACGGCAUGUACGAGGCAGGACCCAUUACUAUCUCCCAGAUGCCUGUGCAGCCAGUGACAGCGGCUGGGCCCGACCACAGCAAGAGUCUUGACAAACCGGAUCUUUACCCCUCCCUUUUCCAAAGCCCCAGUCAGACAAAGGGCAUGCCCUCCACCCCAACACCCUCUACCCAAAUCUACCCGGUGGUCAACAACUUCCCUGCUGGUCGCCCAAACGACGCGUACAGGCCGGUCAGUAUGGCCCCACAGAUGCCACAGCCAGCCCACUCAGCAGGGCAGAUGUUGGCCCAGAUGUCCCGACAGAAUGGAGCCCCGCAGCCUGUCACCCCUUCCAACACUGGCAGCCCCCUCCAUGGAGGACCGGGUGGUAGAUGGCCUGGUCCAGGGACAGGUGCUGGAACCCAGUUCAACAAUCAGCAAAUGGCUCCCCAAGCAGCAAAGACCAUGUCUCCACCAUUUGCGUCCAUGGUUGGAUUUGGAGGCAGCUCUACCAGUUCCUUUGGACAGAUGCCCACAGGGGCAGCUCCGAGCCAGAGCAGCAGCACAAAUUACCCACCAAUAAACACACGUGCCACCAUCAGCGCCAACGGUUUUGGUAGGCUUUCUUCACAAUUGGCUCCAUCUCCCGGGAAAACCUCACACCACUCGGUUUCUCUUCCAGAUGGUUCUCAGUCGCAAUUCCCCUCUCGGGCAACAGAGGCAGUGUGGCCGCAGUGGCAGGGCCAGCAGCACUCACAGAGCAACACAGAACACCCUCAUGCACAGGCCAACCAGCAAGACAUGUUCACCGACGUGUUGUCAAUGCUGGAGCAGCCCAACAACUUCGGCAGCGACGACUUUGAGAUUUCCAUGUACCCUCCGUUUAACGAGUGACAACAGGUCUUCCCUCUUUUUAGUCCUCGGCUCACUUCUUGUCCUCUUUUACUCGUCCACCUCUCUUUCUUUUCUUUCGCUUUGCUUUGCAUGGCUGCCAUUGCACUGCUGCAACACGGAGCCAUUUUACCGUAUCUUAACUGCAGGUCAAGAAAGAGACGAGGCUGCUCAUUACAUUCAUCAUUAUUUAAUUACCAUUAGAUAAAUCAUUUUACUGUAUUUUCCGGACAAUAGAGCGCGCCGGUAUGUAAACCACACCCACUAAAUUUUAGAACGGAAAAAUAUUUUUCCAUAUAUUAGCCGCACCGGACUGUAAGCCGCAGAUAUAUACACUGCUAAUAAGGUAUCUACACAGAGAUAUUUUGUAAAUGUAAUUUACAUACCUUAAUUGUUUCCAAACGGUGUGUGUAACACGGCAGUAAAACGACCAUGGACCCACUAGAUGCGUAAGCUAGCUCUCCAAUCAGCUAAACAGAUUUAAUAACUCCACGGUGACGUCUUGGCGAAUUUACAAAACUGAAACAUACAAAAAGAAGGCCAUUUUAAGUGAAUAAUACUAACACGGACACUGGUAAAUGUGUUAGCAUAUUAGCUCAUGCUAACGACGUUAAUUUGAUUACAUUACGAUAGCACGUAUAAAUAUGCAUGGUAACACUCCUACAGACAUCACACAUGGGACGGUUUAGUAAGUAAGAAUUGUUUUAGUUAUAUUGUAAAACUUACAAACGUUGCUUGGAGUGAUAAUUGAAGAAUCCAUACGAGUAGGAACGCUAUGGAUGGCUAGAAGAUAGAACAGCACUUAUACUUCCGGUUGAAAGCUCUAAACAGGGGCACUGCAGCACCUGCAGUGAGCAAACUCGUCCAAAAGAUGGCGCCAUAAUCUAAACAAUAAAACAUAUUUGCGUGGUUGUUUUUUUAAAUUAUUUGCAAUAUGGCUGUCAGCGAAGAAAUUAGCCACACUGUUUUAUAAACUGCAGGCUUCAAAGCACAUGAAAAAGUAGCGGCUUAUAGUCCGGGAUUUAAUGUAAUUCAUGAAAAUUAUUCACUUGUUCACCUUUGCUCCAGCCAAUGUUUUUGGCCACACACACAGGAAGUGUGUAAAUUCACACACACACACACUAUGGCCUUUUAUUCUAUUAUUUUUUUUUAUCUCUCAGGCAUUUAGCAUCCAGACUAAUCAAUCUAUUAUUUUCUUUAACUCUCAGGAAACGUCAGAUGUGCGUUUGUUUUUUAAAUCGACCGCAUUGUCUGUGCUUUUUGCAUUCUGACACUUGUCUCAGCUUCUGUAUCCUUCACCAGUACACUUUUUACAAAUUCUUACUUUGUUUUUUAAUCCGUGUGUUUCCUCAACACACACACACGCAGUGUUGCAAUGACUAAUGUGUUCUAUGUAUGAAUGCAUGCGUGUGCAUCAUAUCACCAAGCAUUACUCUGUACUACGUAUGGGAGCUUAGUAUUCAUUUUCUUAAAGAAAACUCAACAAAAAGACGCACACGGCAAUAAUCUACAAAGCAGCAGUUGUGUAAUUUUUAAAGCCAUUCUUUAUUUGUGUCAUAAAUGUCGUCCUUAAUUAUUAUUGUUGUUUGUGGAAAGCAUGAUUGUCGUUUUUGAUUUAACAGAAAUAUGUUGUGAACUUCUGAUUGGUUGAUCGGUGUUGUUACGGUGUGGAAAUUGUAAUGGUUUAAUCAGGGUAUUUAGGAUACAAAUGGGAAAAAACAAAAUGAUCAAGUAAGAAAAAUGUGUUAUUGUGAAUAUUUGUUUGUUUGAACUGGACUGAAAUCGUUGCCAACACAACUCAACCUUUUUGUGUUCUAUACUCAGUUUGUCGCUUAAAAAAUAUCAUUUGAAAUGUCAAGAGGAGUUCAAACUAGGGCUGGGCAAUACAGCUAAAAAGUGUAUCAAGAUAUAGGUAUUUAUAUCGGUCGAUAUCGAUAAUUGUUGAUAUUUUUUAUGACUAAUGGAAAAUAAGGACCAGGAGAAAAAUAUAUUAAAUGUAAACAUUUUUACUUCAAAUAUAACCUUCCUCUGAUUAUAAUCCCCUUAGCUAUCAAGACAGGAAGGGAAGGAAAUGUCAACACAAGUAUGGAAAACACUCAAACAAUGUAAACAAAGCUGUAAAAUCACAUUGAACACUUAAAAAUAACCUCUUAAAAUGAAGGUGCAAAAAUAAGGAAUAUGUAAGAAAUGUUUAAUAAAGUGUAACAAAAUAGUACCAAGUGUGAAAAUGUUAACAUAGAAACCAGAGAAGAUCUAUUUUCUGCAGGUUUAGUGCCAGAAAGUUACAGCUGUGCUCUAGGUCAGUGGUCCCCAACCAUGCGGCCCGGUACCGGUCUGUGGAUCGAUUGGUACCGGGCCGCACAAGAAUAAAAAAAUUUUUUUUUUUUUUUUUUUUUAAUUUAUUAAAUCAACAUAAAAAACACAAAAUACACUUACAAUUAGUGCACCAACCCAAAAAACCUCCCUCCCCCAUUCACACUCAUUCGCACAAAAGGGUUGUUUCUUUCUGUUAUUAAUAUUUCUGGUUCCUACAUUAUAUAUCAAUAUAGAUCAAUACAGUCUGCAGGGAUACAGUCCGUAAGCACACAUGUUUGUAUUUUUUUAUGACAAAAAAUAAAUAAAAAUACCCCCCCCCCCCGGUCCGUGGGACUAAUUUUCAAGCGUUGACCGGUCCGCAGUUACAAAAAGGUUGGGGACCACUGCUCUAGGUGGUGUGGUAUUAGCGGUCUUGGUGGGGACGAGCGCCUUGCAGCAUUUACAGACCACAUUGGUCUAACUACGGUCUGUUUGAAAAAAAUCCCCAAAACUGCCAUACUGUCAAGGUGACUGUUUGUGUUUUAACCACAAUUUUCUUCAUUUUUACUUUCUCUUCUUACUCCAUGCAAAGAAUCAAGCGCCGCAACCAAACCUGAUAGUUAAUACUGUUUCCUGAUUGGCUGAUAGCGUGUCACUCCCACUGAUCAGUGAUCACUUCCUGCGUUGCUUGGUCACCAGAGAGCGAGUGCCUUUGUUCAUGCAACCAACCUUGCUCCACAAUGUACUUUUUUUCCCAACGAAGAAGAAGAAAAAUAUUAAACAUUUUAUUAAACUUAUUUUUUAUUGGUAUAGAUUACGCGUAUUAUCGUGAUACAUAUUGUUUUAUCGCCCAGCCCAAGUUGUAAUUUUCACCGUCUUUAUGAUCAUUUGUGUUGUGUAUGUACCACACUUAUUAUAAUGUAUGUAAACCCUUUUUUCAAGGAUAUUUCUUUGUGAUGUUGCUUUCUAUGCAGGGUGUGUUUUUUUUCCAUUGAUGUGAGCAAUGAUCACUCAUAGAAACACAAAUGUAUAAAUAUUCUGUAAAUGUCUAUGAAAUGGUAAACACAAAUUGUUUGGUUUUUUUAUUAAAUUGAUAUAUUGACAAAAUAUUAGCUGUUUUUUGUUUGGUUUGGAUCAGGUCUAAGAGAACUUAAUUGCAGUGGAAUACCCUUAAACGGUUUAAAUUUGGAGCUGCAUUUUAUGGAAAUUCAAGCCAUCAUUAAAUGUGAGUAUGGAUAUCACCCUAUGAACAUGUCAUAUUACUGUUACUGUCAACAAGAUUGUAACGCUUAUUACAAUCACAGUAUGGUGUUUGAAAAGUAUUUAUAUGCACUUA